CGUGCACGGAGACUCCCCCACCACCAUGGCCGACCACGUGAAUGCAAAGCCAAAGCGUGUCGUGGACAGCGACAAGGUCUGGACGACCCUCAUCACCAACACGGCUUAUCUCUCCGGUCUGCUCACACUCGACGCAUCGCUCAAAUUCGCUGGGUCGAAGUAUCCGCUCGUCGCCUUGUAUACCGAUACCUUCCCACCCGAGGGCCAUGCAGCACUCGAUGCCCGCCGAAUUCCUAAGCAGCGCGUCAACUACCUGCUCCCAACGUCGUCCAAGGAUUACAGCAACGACCCUCGCUUCUACGACUGCUGGUCCAAACUCACGCCCUUCAGCCUCACCGAAUAUGAGCGCGUCGUACAGCUCGAUAGCGAUAUGCUGGUGCUACAGAACAUGGACGAGUUGAUGGACAUUCCACUCGACGGUGCUGAUCGCGCAGGAUUGGGAGACCGGGUCUUCGCAGCCAGCCAUGCCUGUGUCUGCAAUCCGCUGAAGAAACCACAUUACCCCAAAGAUUGGAUUCCUGAGAACUGCGCUUUCACUUCCCAACAUUCGACCCCGGAUGCUGCGCAAGAAGCCGGAGCACCACCUGCUGCGGGUCUCGCGAUGCCAAAUGGCGGCCUGCAGGUGGUCGUACCGUCAAAUGAUGUGUACAAUCUGAUUCUGAAGCGUCUUGAUGACCCUUCGAUCAUGCAAUAUGAUUUCGCAGAUCAAUCCUUGCUAGGAGAUUUGUUCUAUGGGCGCUGGGUCGCUUUGCCAUACACCUACAAUGCGCUCAAGACGUUACGGUGGAAAGGCGUGCACGACGCAAUAUGGAGAGACGAUAGGGUGAAGAAUGUGCAUUACAUCUUGAGCCCCAAGCCUUGGGAUGAGAGCGAGGAGGAUAAGAAGAAUGAGAAAAGGGAUGGCGCCAAUCAGUGGUGGUGGGACAUCAAUGUGAAGAGGUUGGAAAAGGAGAAGAAGGAAGGCAUCGAUGAUGGAUUUUGAGGGAACUCGGACGACAGAUAGAGGCCAUCUAGUGCCUGUGAGGAAGGCUUCGCCAUACGACCUCCAGCAUAUUCCCACGAAUGGCUUAUAUCCGCGAAGGAAAGGGUAAACACCUGAUGCUCGACCCCAUUGCUCAGCACCCUCACUUCGCGGAGACUCGCUGUUGAGGUAUCUGUGGCC